AUGGCCGCUAUCAAAGAUCUUUUGAAUCCCAUCACGGAGGAUCCCGAUGCCUGUCCUUCGUUCUUGAUGCGCCACAUCCAGCGCCAAGGUGUCAAGCUAUCUGAUACCAUCCAACAAGCUUCCAACAGCCAGCACACCUCCGUCGCCAACCAUUUUCCUGUUUCUGUUGCCAACUCUACUCAGCCAUCCAACGUCCAGCAGGCUUCCCGCAACCACCAAGCCUCUAACACUCGCCAGAAGAAACCCAAGGGCGUCAAAGAUGCACCAAUUUUCCGCCUUGGCCCGACUACUGGUGUCGUUCGCUAUGCUCCACAUGAGGCACGCGAUCAGCGCUUGACUGCCAUCUAUGAGCGGUUCAGACUCUAUCCCAUGAACCGGCAGCUCCGUGACGGAACUCGUGAGGGCAACAUUGUCGAUUACCCUCGCCCAAUUCCUUACCAGAGCGAGAAGAAGGAUUUCUAUCAAAAGACUGGCCGGGACAGCUUCCAUGUCUUCCAGUAUACCUUCAGCCUCCCUGGCAGUGACGACAAGUGGACAGUCAUGUGGGACUACAAUAUCGGCCUUGUUCGAACCACCCAUCUGUUCAAGUGCAUGGAGUUUGCCAAGGCAAGGAUCCUUUAUAGCUCCUCUUCAAAUGUUGAAGCCAAUGAAGGCUUGCGUGAUAUUUGUCACAGCAUCACCGGAGGUGCCCUGGCUGCCCAAGGCUACUGGAUGCCCUUCGAAGCUGCGAAGUAUGUCGCUUCUCGCUUCUGCUGGGAUAUUAAGGAAGUCUUGAUUCCUAUGUUUGGCCAUGAUUUCCCGGACAUGUGCCAGAAGCCCAAGGAACGCACGACCAAGAUCACAAUUCCCCAGACCAUCAUCUGCACGGAGCGGGAUCGUGCCAGAGAGUUCCGCCGCCUGGAAAUGGGCCAAGCGCAAGCUGGACAGGGCCCGGAGCCUGCACCCACUCCUGCUCCGGUGCUCCCUCGCACAAGCAAUGCACACAGUCCUGCGGACUCGAACCCGUCGCCCCCGCACUACGAGUCCCGUUCCAAGUAUGCCCGCAACUCCUACUCAGACAGUGUUGCCAGUGCUCGUGGUUCCUCUUCGGGGCCCUCUUCUGAGGCUUCUCUGAGCCCGGUUCGUGGUGCUUGGAACCCAGUCAAUGCGCCCCAUCGUGCCCAUGGACGUCGAUCCUUGGUACUGCGUUCCCGGGAGGAGCAGGAAGCUCGUCGUUCGCAGGAGCUGAGAGAAUUUGAGGAGCUUGACGAGGUGGACGAGGGAGACGUUGACCGAGACCCUGGCUUCCGCCACGAAGUGGAUGCCGCCCAGGCUCUGAUCACCAUGCAUAUGCAUGAGGUCGGGGCUAACAGUGGCAGCCCUUCUUCCGUGGUGGAGUCCAUGGCUCCCUGGACCCGCUCUUCAGGUGCUACCUGUGAGAAGCGCAAGCGUCGCGCCUCGCUGUGA